CUCAACAGUCUCCUCAAGGACGCUGAUGUAGUGUCACUCCAUUUACCGUUGACAGGAUCUAUCAAGGGUAUGAUUUCUAGAGACGAAUUCGCGCAGAUGAAACCAGAUGCAAUUCUCCUCAACUGUGCGAGGGGUGGGAUCCUCGAUGAGAAACCACUGCUUGAAGUGCUGGAGUCGAACAAGCUGGCCGGAGUCGGCUUGGACGCGUGGAGAUCGAGCUUCCACCAAGAGAGGCCUAUGGCACAUUUCUCAGCAGGUCAAACGUGAUCAUAACACCUCACGUUGGCGCAUCCACUAUAGAGAACCAAGCACGUAGCGGGAUAGCUGUUGCUAAUCUCGCUGUAGACUUGGAGCUGGGGAGAGGAGGUGGUAAU